ACGAUGAUGUAGUUUGACACUUCCUGCUGAUCUCACCUCACUUCCGGCUCCGGUGUCUCCGGGUGUCAUGCCGCCGAAAGGGAAAGGAGGGAAGGGAGGGAAAGGAGGUGGAGGAGGAGGAGGAGCUUCUGGAGGUGAAGCUGCAGACAAGAAGACUGCGACUCCAAAAGGUGGAACCGCUGUGAAGGUGAGACACAUCCUGUGUGAAAAGCAUGGAAAGGUCAUGGAAGCCAUGGAGAAGCUCAAAUCCGGAGUGAGAUUCAGCGAAGUGGCCACCCAAUACAGUGAGGACAAGGCCAGGCAAGGGGGAGACUUGGGCUGGAUGACCAGAGGCUCGAUGGUGGGACCUUUCCAGGAGGCAGCCUUUGCUCUGCCUGUGAGCACCAUGGACAAACCCGUCUACACCGAUCCCCCCGUGAAGACCAAAUUUGGUUAUCACAUCAUUCUGGUGGAAGGAAGGAAAUGAGAGAACGUCGUCAAUAAGAGAUGACUGAAUGCUGCAAUCAUUCUAUACAGCAACGUUCCCAGCAGAUGAAAAGGACAACUUUUGUGCUCUUUUUAUUUUAUUUUAUAUUCUUAAUUUCCUAAAAGUCAGCGCUGAACUCCCAGGAUGAGUGAAAAUCAUCUAAAUCCAUUCAUCAUGUGUAUUCUUCAUGAUUCUCCGUGUGCUUUGUGUAUUUCUUUCAGAUCUGUGCAUGAAUCCAGUGUGAGACUUUUUCUCCUUGUAAUAAAGACCGCUCACUGCUGCUCUCUCUCCUUGUGCAGGGUGACUGGUCUUGGCUCCAUCCCUCCUGUAGUUGGAGGUAGGUGUCGCCUGCUGGGCCCCUCCCACAACUCUGCUCUCACCUUGUGCAGGGUGACUGGUCUUGGCUCCACCCCUCCUGUAGUUGGAGGUAGGUGUCGCCUGCUGGGCCCCUCCCACAGCUCUGCUCUCUCACCUUGUGCAGGGUGACUGGUCUUGGCUCCACCCCUCCUGUAGUUGGAGGUAGGUGUCGCCUGCUGGGCCCCUCCCACAGCUCUGCUCUCUCACCUUGUGCAGGGUGACUGGUCUUGGCUCCACCCCUCCUGUAGUUGGAGGUAGGUGUCGCCUGCUGGGCCCCUCCCACAGCUCUGCUCUUUCCUUCUGCAUGGUAAAUGGUCUGGGCUCAGCCCUCUCCUGUAGUUUCCUGCAGAGGGUGGAGCCUGCUAGGCCCCUCCUCAUAGCUCGGCUCUCUUCUUGUGCACGGUGACUGGUCUGGGCUCCUCCCCUCCUGUAGUUUGAGGUAGGUGUGGCCUGCUGGGCCCCUCCCACAGCUCUGCUCUCUUUCUGCACAGUGACUGGUCUUAGCUCCGCCCUCUCCUGUAGUUUCUUGUGAAUGGAACCUGCUGGGCACUUCCCAUAGCUCUGUUCUCUCCUUGUGCACGGUGAUUGGUCUGAGCUCCUCCCCCUCCUGUAGUUUCCUGUAGAGGAUGGAGCCUGCUGGCCCCUCCCAUAGCUCUGCUCUCUCGCCUUGUGCACAGAGACUGGUCUGGGCUCUGCCCCCUCCUGUAGUUUCCUGUAGACUGUAGAGGGUGGAUCCUGCUGCACCCCUCUCACAGCUCUGCUCUCUCUUUCCUUGUGCAGGGUGACUGGUCCUGACUCCGCCCCCUCCUGUAUUUUUUUUUUUUUUGCAGGUAUGGGGUGGAACCUGCUACAUCUCUGCUCUUUGCAAAGGCUUAUGCAGCACAGUAAUGAUGUCACUGCUACUUUUACAAUGUAGAAUCUGGGUCUGUGAAGGCAUUUCAUACACACAGAGUGGAUUUACCGGUAUAACCUUUGUGGCUAUUAAAGAAUAUAUUUAAAUGA